AUGGAAUUUAGAGACGCUGUGCACUACGAAGGAAAAGCAAAUCAGGUGUUGCAUGUAACUCGGACAAGGACAAGCUUCAACACCAUCUUCACCGUCUUCACCACCUUCACCGUCUUCACCAUCUUCACCAUCUUCACCAUCUUCACCAUCUUCACCAUCUUCACCAACACGGUCAAAAGUGUCGACAAGCAUCUCAGUAUCCGCAAAUUACAUGGAAACACUGACGUGAAAUCGAUGUGA